UCAAACAAACGGGGCUGGGCAAUCGAAGUUGGGACAAUUUACGGAGGUUUCUGUUGCCGGAUAGUCGACGUCAAUAAGGAUAUGUACACAGCUAAUAUGUAUAGAAUCCUAUUUUUGUGUCCUUUAGCGGAGUAAGGAGGAUAUCCAUGUCUAAUAAUUUCCUACUUAAACGAGGAGUUUGAUGUAUUUCGCGAGAAAAUCGUAGCUUAACUGAAAAAAACUACCCUCCCUAUUCGAAGUGAGGAUGAUUUUUGCUAAUACUGGAAACCCACUAAGGACUCCGUACCGCAAACAGCCACUUGUUGCCCCAUCGUCACACCCCAUGGCUCCACCCAGCCCGAGCACUAACAGCAGCACCAACAACAGCAGCAGCAGUAGCACUGCAGGCUGGGACCAGCUCAGCAAAACUAACCUCUACAUCCGAGGCCUGUCCCCUUCAACCACAGACCAUGACCUGGUCAAGCUCUGCCAGCCGUAUGGCAAAAUUGUAUCAACAAAGGCCAUCCUGGACAAGACUACAAACAAAUGUAAAGGAUAUGGCUUUGUGGACUUUGACAGUCCCGCUGCAGCUCAGAAGGCUGUGGCUGCCCUGAAGACCACUGGUGUCCAAGCUCAGAUGGCAAAGCAACAAGAACAGGACCCGACAAACUUGUACAUCUCCAACCUGCCUUUGUCCAUGGAUGAGCAGGAACUGGAGAACAUGUUAAAACACUUCGGCCAGGUCAUAUCCACGCGCAUCUUGAGGGACUCCAGUGGAGGCAGCAGAGGAGUGGGCUUUGCAAGGAUGGAGUCAACUGAAAAAUGUGAUGCAGUCAUCUCUCACUUCAAUGGAAAGUUUAUUAAGACACCUGCAGGUGUUCCAGCACCACCUGAACCCUUGCUGUGCAAGUUUGCCGAUGGCGGACAAAAAAAGAGACAAAGUCAGAAUAAAUUUGCCCAGAAUGGUCGGGGUUGGGGAAGGGACGGUGACUCCAGACUGGCUGGAAUGACACUCACAUAUGACCCCAGUGCAGCUGCUAUGCAAAACGGAUUUUUCCCACCAGCAUACAGUAUCUCAAACAGGAUGAUUGCCCAAACGUCCAUGUCUCCAUACAUGUCUCCAGUUUCAACAUACCAGGUGCAGAACCCGUCCUGGGUGCCUCAUCAGCCCUACAUCAUGCAGCACCCAGGUACAGUGAUAUCGCCCUCUAUGGACCCAUCUAUGUCACUACAGCCUACUUCUAUGAUGGCCCCGCUGACACAGCAGAUGAGUCACCUCUCUCUGGGCAGUGCAGGAACGUUCAUGGCUGCCAACACAGCUAUGCAAGGAGCAUAUAUCCCACAGUAUGCACACAUGCAGACAUCAGCCGUUCCUGUAGAGGAAAAUGGUGCCCAGUCACAGGUGGACUCAUCCGGCAAUCAUUCCCCAUAUUCCUACCAACAAAGCAAGUAGUGCGGAGGUAACAUUCAACAGCUGAAACAAUCCUGUCUGUGAAAGCAAUGGAUGCUAAGGAUAUUUUCACUGUUUUGCACAGGUUCUGCAAAUGUUAAAGUGAGACUAUUUUUGGUAUCAUUUUCAGAGAGAAUAUCUGAGUUCAACAAGUGAUUCAAAAAUAUAUUUAAAAGAAAGUUUUGAAAAAGUUUUAUUUUCAUACUAGAAAACGUUUAUUUUUUACCAAGGAUUGCCGCAGGAUACAAGAAAGAAUCAUGUGACUGGUUGUUCAAAGUGCAUGAUAAUAAAUAUGUCUUUUGUUAAUAUUUCCAGAUUUCUUUUUUUUUUUUUUUUGUUGGAAGGUUUUUUUCAGCCAGAUAUUUUGCAAAUGAUGUUUUUGUGCUUGCUGUGUGAGUGUUGCCAUGGUGAAGUGUUCAGUGUUGUUUUCUUGUAAAGUGAUUUCUCUUAGUACUUUAGAUUGAUCUUGCUGUCUGAUUAAAAUUUGCCUUCACAGUUUUGAUACAGUAGUUGUACAUACCACCACAGAGAGCGGCAAUAAGCGGACAGUGCUGGGCGCUAUUGCCUCGGAAAUGAGCAAUGUAGUUUCAUGAAAUCUAUGUGUUAUUGCUUUUCCCUUCCCAAAACUGAUAGAAAAGUAGAAGUAGAAGAAUAUUUAUUUAGUAAGAAGACCAUACAUGUUUCUGGAUGUUGGAAUGUGUUAGAAAUUCUGCUGAAAGAUCACCUUUUGAAUCUUGCCUUUUUGAUUACUUGGUAUUGUAGAAUAGCUGAAAUUGAACUUGGCGGGGUGGGGGAACGAGAAGUCGAUCGUGUUUUUUUGUCUUGAUGGGUGAUGUUAAUUGUUAUUUUGAUGGGGUGUGUCUUUUUCACUUUUAUUUGAAAAAAAAAACUAACAGGAAAACAUAGACUUAUGAUUGUGCAAAAAAAAACUCAUCAAAGCCUUGUAAUAGAACUUAGUUCAGUGAGUUGGGGGGUAAAACAAGAUGAUUACGUGUAUUUUAUUGCACCUCGCUCUUUGAUAGGAAACAAACAAACCUGGCACUUUCAGUUGUAGUUUACUUCACCAAAGAUUGUGAGCUAGUACACAGAGGAAAUAGCAUCAUUCGUCUCUUGAACCUGGACAGAAGUGACUCUGCAAACUAGAUUGCAGUUUGGACAGUGUGCCUUCUUUGUAUACGUACAUUCAGCUGUCAUUAGUAGAUGUAAGUACAGAAUGGACACACACGCACACACACACACGCAAGGAUGAAGGAAGGCCUGGAUCCAACAAGUGCCACAGAUGAAUUUCAUACUUAAAGAAAAAUGCAACAUUUUAGUUAAGAUUCAGUCAAAAAGCAAAAAAGUAAACAAUGAAAGGACAGCGCUUGGCUCUGACGAUAAAGCACGAAAGAAAAUAACCUAAGUAUUUUUUUGAUCAUAGUGGAUUAAAGCAGGCUUUUUGAUCAUGUGUCCUCUAAUAAGCCUGUGAUUCGACCUGGUGGUCAGUCAGACCAGUUAUCUACCUCAGAGUUUUUUUUCUCCUCUGUACUAGGUCGGGUUAGCAGGUCCAGCCCGCCCUUCCAGACCAAAUGCCACGCUCAGGAGCUGGCCGCAUACAGCUGUUUCCUUAUAGGUUGUUUUAAAUACCUUUUCAUUUUCCUCAAACCUUUUUUUUUUCUUCUUUUUUUAAUGAUGCAUUAUUGUAAUCAUGAGGGUGGUGGAGCGACAACCUGUUUCUACUCAUGUUCACACAGUCGGUGUCAUAGUUUGAAAAGAGCUGCUGCUUUUAUGGCAAUAGAUUCCAGAGGCUGAUCUAAGAAGUCAAAGACCAACAAUGACAACAAAGCGUUGUGUUCACUGGAUCUGCGCUCCUUGGAACAAACAUGUCUGUUGCUUUGUCUUGGGUCUGGACAAACUCGCAGCAGCAUUUCCUCUGUAGUUAGCUCGGGUGUGCAACAAACGUAAAGGGCCGCCAUGAUUAUACUUGAGAUUUCCAUGUAAUGCUAGAGACUGAGAAGUAAUACUGUCUUGUGGAGGUUUAUGCUGCUAGUGGUGUCUGAACCAAGUGCCAUAGUAUCUGGGUCAAGAGUUGCAGAGGUGCAUCAUAUAAAAAUUGUUCAUAUAAGUAACCACCAUGUUGAACAGUCAUUAAGUUAUAUGAAAAAGUUCUAAUUUAUGAAGAGUUUUGUACAGACAGCUUGAGGAAAUAAGAGAUUUUCAUAGAGCUAAAUGAAAGUGUGUUGUUUUUAUUUUUUUUACACGUGCCACACAAUUGCCAGUGGUAGCUUGUAUGUACAGUUUAAGGAAUCUUUCCUCUGUAUUUUUGUUUUGUAGUGUUUGUUAAAGCCAAAGACUUUUUUUUCAGUAGAUUGUUGCCUAAGGUUUAUUCUUUUCAUUUCUUUGACAUUUUUGAAUAAAAAUUUUCAACUUUUAA